CACUGGGGCGGUGCUCUUCGUGCACACACUUCCUGAAAAUGGGCUCGGAAGAGAGUUUGGACACGAAAUGCGCUUUGAUAUCUUUACCAAAACACUCAUACUGGUUUGACUUUUGGCUGUUUGUGAUGUUUGACAUCGCAUUUUUCCUCGUUAUGUAUUUCAUAGUUCCCUAGCUAAAAUGGAGUGACUUGGAAUUCUAGACUUGAAGUGCCGCCCCCUUUAACCAUGACCCCCUGCUGGCUGAAAUGAUCGAUCUUUAAAAAGGAGUGUUUACACCACUGAGUAGCACAGUAAAUAAAGACAGCCGGAAGUUUACACCAGAGUCGUGCCAAUGUAUGGUCGGUAGGUGGCAGUAUAAGCGCCUUUUCCCAUUGAUGGACCAGAGAGGAAGAAAACUUUCCCGGAAGAUAAAAAAGAAGAGGAAGGACGCUAGCCUGCCAGAUAGUGGAUAAGCUAAACUAUUAUACUCCCAAAUGUGUUUCUGUGAUUUAUAUAAACCAAACUAGUUUAUUAAAGUUAUAUAAGUCACAACUCAAUUAUCCAUAAUGAUGGAAAUCUGUGUCACGACAAAACCAGUGGAGAAUGCAGAUAUCUUCCUCCCGUUAUCCUCUUUGCGCCUGUUGAUACCACCUCUGAGGCUGCUCUCUGCGGCCAUGUGGCAAGUAGCGCAACGAAGAGAUGUCAUGGAUUAUGAGAAACUAGAGGAGUUCGUCGGCCUGGUGACAGCGACAGUUCCAGACCUGUUGAAUGAGAAACAGAGGGCCAAGCUUCUUCUGCGGCUGCGAACAAGGGUGAUACUAGAGUUGUGCUCCACUGAUCAUACAGCUGAUAUCCAGAUCAUCCAACCCCACCUGGACAGAAUUCGCCCCCCUGGACACACAGGGAGUGGAGAUGCUGAGGUGGAUGCAGAAGAGGCCAUCUUCCUGGAGCUCAUCCAGACUUUGCUGAAAGACCCAGCGGAGAGAGAACACUUCUUCCAGGAGGUGUUUCCAACGGAGUACGGCGCCAGCUAUGACACAGAUAUGCAACUACUUGUGUGGGAAUUCCUUUCUAAACUGGAGAAGAUAUUGCCAGUACCAGACCUUGGACAGACUGUGUCAUGGCUCAGUUCUGCUCCCUCUGUCCUGGAGGAGUGUUUGCAGGCCCUCUCUCAACCUGAGGACCUGAAAUCCCUGCUGCAACACCACACAUGUCUUGAGAACUUGGGCACUCAGAGUCACACCGUUGAGAUGUCUUCUCAGGUCUUUGCCUGUUCCCAGUGCCCAUUCUUUCACAUGCAGGAAUCCUACCUCCUCCAGCACAUUGAGCGAAAUCACCCAGAGGAGUACAGCAAGCUCCAGAAAACUGAAGAGAACCCAGCGCUUCCCGGGAAAAAGUUCCCCCGUCCUGAAUUCCCCAAGCCUUUCCCCAUCCACGCAAGCUCUGAACCCGGUGCUCACACAUGUCACGAGUGUGGAAAGACUUUCACUCGCUCAUCAGACGUGACCAGGCACCAGCGCAUUCACACAGGGGAGCGUCCGUACACCUGCAAGGAGUGCGACAAGGGUUUCAAAAACUCCUGGGAUCUGACGAGGCAUCAGCGGAUUCACACCGGGGAACGCCCAUAUAUCUGCCCUCAAUGUGGCAAGGGGUUCACCCAACUGGGCCUACUGUCCCUGCACUUCACCAGAACGCCUUGUGGCCAGAGUGCUGAUCCCCCACUACAGUCCACAGAGCAACAGGAGGAGCCAAACGACAAAGGGAGUGGUCAGUACAAGUGUCAGAAAUGUGGGGCUAGCUUUGACACCGUACUAGAGCGGCUGAAGCAUAGGCAAACCCACGUGGUGAAUCGCCAUUACAAGUGUUCCCAGUGCGAGAAGAUCUACGGCCGCCCGUCUGACCUGAGGAGACAUCAGAUGAAGCACACCGGAGAGAGACCCUUCCCCUGCGCAGAGUGCGGCAAGGGCUUCACUCACGUGUGGCUGCUGAACAAGCACCGGCAAAUCCACACCAAGGAGCGGCCGUACCCGUGCCCGGAGUGCGGCAAGAGUUUCACCCAGUUACAGAUACUGAACAGACACCAACUGAUUCACAACGGGCAGAGGCCUUUCCAGUGCUCCUUCUGCGAGAAAAGUUUUACUCAGCUCGCGGGCCUGACGAGACACGAGAGGAUUCAUACAGGGGAGAGGCCAUACCUCUGCACCGUCUGUCAGAAGACCUUCUUAACACAUGGGGAGCUGGUGAGACACCAACGCAGCCACAGCGACUUCAGACCGUUCUCUUGCUCUCAGUGUCCCAAGAGCUUCAAAACCAAGCGUGCACAGAGUGAACACAUGAAUACCCACACAGGGGAGCGACCGUUCUCUUGCGCACACUGUGGGAAGGAGUUUGCCAAGUCUACUUCCCUCAUAAGACACAACCUGAUGCACACAGGGGAGAGACCGCAUCAGUGCGCUCAGUGUGGCAAGACCUUCCUUACCUCUGGGGAGCUGCUCCUCCACAGACGAAUACACACAGGGGAGCGGCCAUACCCGUGCUCGGUCUGUGAACGGAGGUUUAGGUGUUCGUCAGACCUGACCAUGCAUCUGCGGACACACACAGGAGAGCGCCCAUACUCCUGUAUGUUGUGUAAAAAGUGCUUCUCCACCUCAACGCGUCUCAAAAGGCACCUGCGCACUCACAUAGGGAAAGGUGUGUAAUCAUGGCAAGAACCUUCGAAAAUAUUGUCAUGUAUAUUAAUUUAUUUUCCAAAUCAUGUUUAUGGACUGCAUUACUGACUAGUAUGAGGACACAAAAUAUAUGCAUGUUACUAAAACUCAGCCUUACAACAUGCUCUAUUAAAAAAUACAAUUAUGCCUUUAAUUCACAUUAAACAUUUUAUUUUAACA